CAAAAGAAAGUGAUUUUUUAUAACAUUUCAGUAUAAAAUGAAGUGAAUAAAUUUAAAACAAACUAAAUUUUCCUUUACCGCCCAAAUCUACCCACUCAUUGGUUCUCGCCAAUAAAAAGUCAUCUGUCAUAUUUGAAUUAACUGUGCUAGAGACAGUUGUGUGAUGCCAGUGUUAACGUAUAUCUCGAAUUAAUCUUUUACCAAAGUAUCGUAUAUGUUGAAACUCGGUCUAUGUUUUAUGAAUAAGUGUCAAAUAAUUGAUGAAUUUAUUUUAUCUACCUUUAAUUCAUCAUUUUAUUCUAUUGAACUUAUUUUAAAUUUUAGUUCUUUUUCUAUUUCUACAAGUUUUAUUGGCAAAAACGAUGGGGGAUAAUUCGUCAGUUAAAGUAGCAGUCAGAUUGAGACCUUUAGUGAAAAGUGAAAUAGAAAAGGGAUGUAAAAAUAUUUUGGAAGUUUAUAAAGAUGCAUCACAGAUUCGUGUCAAAGAUACUGAGAAAGCUUUCACUUUCAAUUAUGUUUUGGACACGGAUUCAUCUCAAGUGGACUUAUAUAAUUCUUGUGUAAAAGACAUAAUUCCAAAUUUAUUCAAAGGAUACAACUUGACUAUCCUUGCUUAUGGACAAACGGGAUCUGGUAAAACUCAUUCAAUGGGAACAACAUAUUCAGGAAAUGAAGAUAUGGGUGUAAUUCCCAGGAGUGUAAAGCAAAUUUUUGAAAUUGUUAAAGAUAAUUUUACAUUUGAUUUUACUAUAACUGUCUCUUUUAUGGAAUUGUAUCAAGAAAUUCUUUAUGACUUGCUGUCAGAAAAACCUAGAGAGCAGUGUAUAUUAGAAAUAAGGGAAGACCCUCAAAAAGGUAUUCACAUUCCCGGUUUGACCGAAAUUCCUGUUGAGAAUACUAAUGAUAUUUUCAAUUGUUUAAUAAGAGGGUCUAGUGGCAGGGCUACUGCAUGUACAAACAUGAAUGCUCAGAGUUCUAGAAGUCAUGCCAUUUUUACAUUAACUAUUGCUAUGCAAGAUAAACAUCAUAGUGAGGAAAAUAAAACAGCGAAAUUCCAUCUUGUCGAUCUGGCUGGAUCAGAAAGGCCUAAGAAAACUGGAGCUGUAGGAACAACUUUCAAAGAAGGUGUUAAUAUCAAUAAGGGACUCUUAGUAUUAGGAAAUGUUAUAUCUCUUCUAGGAGAGGAGAAACAAGAAAAUAGGUUCAUACCGUAUCGUGACAGUAAUCUUACCAGAUUAUUGAAAGAUUCACUUGGGGGUAACAGCAUAACUCUGAUGGUAGCGUGUGUCAGCCCUGCUGACUAUAACAUAGAUGAAACAUUAUCAACCCUAAGAUAUGCAGAUCGGGCCAGGAAAAUAAAGAACAAACCAAUUAUCAACCAAGAUCCUCAGACAGCCCAAAUAAAUGAGCUGAAGAAAACAGUAAAGAUGCUACAACUGCAAAUAUUAGAACAAGGUAUUCCUCAAGUUUCAUUAGGGAAUAUAAUGCAUCUGGAACAAGAGAUAGCUGAUAUCAAAGCGAAAAAUAGAGAUCUCACUCAAAAAUUAUCGUCUGCCCUUAAUGAUAAAGCUGGUUUAUUUGAAAAACUAUUACAUCUUCAACAAUGCAAUGAAAUUCUGAGCAAAAAAAUUCUGGACCUCAAAGAAAAUUAUGAUGUUACAUUGAAUAACAUAACUCUUGCCAUUGAAAAUGGUAAUACUGACGAACUCAAAGAUUGCCAAACCAAAUUAGAAGAAAUGAAAGAGCAAUUUGAAGAGUUGAAUGCCGAAACCAAAAAAGCUGAAGUAGAUAUGAAUGUUCAAGAAGCAGAAUUAUUCUCCCUUUUGGAAUCUAAUAAUCAAUGCAAUGAAUCUCAAGCUAAAGAAAUAAACGAUAUACAAGAACAUUAUGCCUCAAGACAAAUUGAACUGAAUAACGAAUUGAAAGAAUUGUUGAAAAAACUUGCUAUGAAAGAAAUAUUAGCAAAGGAAAUGGAAAAGAAUGCAGAGAACAUGGUAGACUAUAAGAAUAUUCGAGAGAAUGAACUGAAAAUUGAAGCACUAGAGAGAGAAAAAAAUGAAUUGAUGCAACAACUCAAGAAUGCACAGCAUAACGUGCCGAGCAAAAUUGCUGAAGAACGCCGUAAAAGAGUAAAGGAACUAGAAGGCCAAAUUCAUGAUUUAAUGAGAAAACUGAAUGAACAGAAUAAACUUAUACGAUUGAAAGAAAAAGAUGAACAUAAAAUAAAGCAACUCAAUCAAGAAAUAUUGCAAAUGAAACAGAAUAGAGUGAAAUUAGUGAAAAGUAUGAAAGAAGAAUCUGAAAAAUUCAGGACAUGGAAAUUGAAGAGGGAAAGAGAGUUGGCAAAGCUUAGGCAAGAAGAUGUUAAAAAAAAGAAUCAAAUUCAAAAGAUGCAGGCUAUGCACUUAAAACAACAGAACGUGCUUAAGAGGAAAGUUGAAGAAGCUGUUGCUGCAAAUAAAAGACUGAAAGAUGCUUUGACUACAAGAAAAAUAGCUCAAGAGCACAAAUCUUCUGGACUUGAGAGGUUCAGCAAUUGGCUGAAACAUGAAGUUGAGGUAGCUUUAGGAUUCACUGAGCUUGAAGUUACGUUGGCUGGACUUUUGGAAGAUAGAGCUUUGCUGCAAAAACAGUUAGAUACGUUACAGGCAUCAAGCAAUCCAGAUCUCAAUGAAAUUAAGAAUUUAGAAUAUGAUAUUGAUUUACGUUCUGUACAAAUCCAAGAUAUGCAACAGAAACUUCUAGAGUCAGAUGAUGAUGUAAAAGCUAAAAUCAAUUUAGAUAACGUUCAAACUAUGGCUGAGGCAAAACAAGGUAUGCGAGUACUUAUUGAUUUAGCAAUCGAACUGAAAAAGAAAGAAUGCAGUUUGACAAUGAAAUCGAUUGAAUUAGAAAAUACUCCUAGUGAAAAUCAUCCAGAGAAAAAAGCGUACGAUGAGAAACUGAAGCAACAUGAAAAAGAAUAUUCUAUCGCCCUUGAUAAUUUAGAACAAGAAUAUCAGGAAAAAAUAGCGAUUCUUUUAAGACAGCUUAGGGGAAUAGAAUUGAAAACAUUCAAUUCUGAAUCCGAUGGCGUUAAACUGAUGAAAAUACAGACUGAACAACUCGAGCUUAAAGAAAAAAAGAUCGAAGAAUUAACUAAAUUAUUGGAGCAGAAGCAAGAAAUAAAAGAAUCUUUAGAACCUACAAUAAUUAUUACAAAGGAUGAAACACCUCCAAAAAAAGUCAAAUUAUUGGACGGAACAUUCAUUGUUGAUGGAAAAGAAAAUUUGGAUACUCCUAUGGUGGAAGAAGAUAACGUAUUGAAAGAUCCAGACUGGGUUAAUACUCCAAUAGGAAGGAAGGUUAUGGAAGAUAGAAAGAAUUUAGUUGUCCAAAAGAUGAGACAUACAAUAAAAACAAAGCUUUCGUUUGAAGAUAAUAAAUCAACUGAUAAAGCAGGCAAAAGAUCGUCUGAUGGAGGCUGUGCCUGUACCACUAACUGCCAGACAAACAGAUGUGGCUGUCGGAAAACUGGCCUAGGUUGCAAGAAUGGCUGCAAAUGUAAUGUUUGGGCGUGUACAAACAGAACAGAAGACAAACCAGUGAGUGAAAAUCUUCAAAACUUGGAUAAAAGGACUUUCAAAAAACCAAGAAAAGCACGUAUUGCUAUUAGAAGAGUUUUCAAUCCUGUCACACCCUGAUUCCUUUACCAGUUCCUUCAGAAUUAAAGAGUGAAUAGAAGACCAUAGUGUAUCAAACUGUGAUAUCGCACCUACCGAAAAUUCUAGAUGAUAGGUGGGCAUACCUUACUCUUUAGGAAGAGAAGUUGAAAAUGCUCCUGAAAUUUAUUGAAGAUGUUUUGCUGUCAAUAAAUUCUCAUUAUUUAUGUUAUAAUUUACAAAAUCAAACAAAUUUAGACUAGAUCUAUUUUUAAUUUUUUUGUGAUUUAUAAGUGAUAUUUUUCUUGUUGUUUAUUGAAGUCUAGAAUUUGUUUGAAAGUAUUUUGGACAAUUAAAAAAUAAUAAUGGCAAAAUUGUCUUAACAAAUCUUUCUAUCCUCUUUUGAAAAAUAUAAUUUAUUUACUAUUUUAAUACUAAGUGCAUUGAAUUUUAUGAAUUAAUUUGUUGCAAACUAUUAUCUUCAAGGAUAUUAUCAAUAUUCAGGUUUUAUUGUCUGUUAUUAAAAUAAUAGUUUCAUCAAAUAUAUUUUAGAUAAAUUACAGAGGUAAUGUUUUGCCUUAAAAGUAAAAUUCGAGUGAAAUAAAUGUAUAUAAAUGUGAAUGUAGAAAUAAAAGGAACUUGAACUUGAAA